AAUAUUUGAAUCAAAACUAUGUUCCAAUAUGCUUUAGUGUUACUUCAGUCAAUUCUGAAUGCAGCACAUUUACUUUUGAUGAGUAAUUUUGCAUUGAGGUAUCACUAAUGCAACUUACCGUUAAAAGAUUGGAAUACUUUUUCCACCACUGGGAGGCAAUAACUAUAGCUACACAUUAGCAAAGCAGCAGCCAACGACAGCUGAGGGCUAACGCCAACGCCAGACAACAACAACUAGGAAAACACAGCAGUAUAAAGCCUCAGGAGCACGACAGCCUCACCGUGUAGGAGGAGCCAGCGGCGUGUUUCCGCUAACAGCAGGCCGAGCCGGGAGAGAGGACCGCGGGCUGAGAUCUAUGCUGCCCUGCUCAGAAUAACAGAACAGCACAGGAGGAACUGUGGUCGGGACACUAUCAGAGGACUGAGUGUUGGCUGGGUGGCUUUGGUUUCCCACAUCGAGAGGAGAAAACAGAAGAUAAAGGACUGUCGGCGAUGGAAGCCGAGUUUCGAGAAAUCGAUGAAAACGGGAGUUGGAGCGCCGUUUAUCAGGAUAUUCGCCAGCAGUCAUGCGAUCUACCUUGCAAGGUUGCCAAAUCACCAGAAAACAAGAAUAGAAAUCGCUACAGAGAUGUCAGCCCAUUUGACCACAGCAGAAUAUGUCUGCAGCUGGGUACAAACAACUACAUCAAUGCCAGCCUGAUCACAGCAGAGGAGGCGCAGAGGAACUAUAUUCUCACUCAGGGUCCCCUUCCAAAUACAUGUGGUCACUUCUGGGAGAUGGUGUGGGAGCAGAGGACUCGUGGUGUGGUGAUGCUGAACAGAGUCAUUGAGAAAGGAUCUAUUAAAUGUGCGCAGUAUUGGCCACACAGAGAAGAGAGAGAUGCUAUCUUUGAAGAUACCAAUUUCAAGCUCACUCUUGUCUCAGAAGACAUCAAAUCUUACUACACAGUCCGGCAGCUGGAGCUAGAGAACCUUUGUACUCAAGAGACUCGUGAGAUUUUACAUUUUCACUACACCACCUGGCCUGACUUUGGGGUACCAGAGUCUCCUGCCUCCUUUCUUAACUUCCUGUUCAAGGUGCGAGAGUCAGGGUGUCUAAACUCAGAUCAGGGACCAGUGGUGGUCCACUGCAGCGCUGGCAUCGGACGUUCUGGGACUUUCUGUCUUGUGGAUACCUGCCUCUUACUGAUGUCCAUGCGUAAGGAUCAGUCUUCGGUGCGUAUCCGUGAUGUCCUGCUGGAGAUGCGACGCCAUCGAAUGGGUUUGAUUCAGACUGCAGAUCAGCUUCGCUUCUCCUACCUCGCUGUCAUUGAAGGUGCCAAGUACAUCAAAGGAGAUACAUCGCUUCAGGAGUCAUGGAAAGAGCUCUCGAACGAGGAAGACGAUCCUCCAGAGUUCACCCCUCCUCCUCCUCUUCCUCCUCCCAGAGACCCUCUCAACGGGAAGGUUGAGCCAUCCUUUUUCCCCCCAAAUGAUGAGAUCAUCCAGCAGAUGGACAUCCGCAGUCUGGGGUCGUCACAAGAGAAAGACCUGCGAAAGAGGAACAUUACUACGCCCCACCCUCCUCCUGACGAUGCAAGCCAGCUCGACGGUCAAGUGGGAACCCAAGAUCAAACCUCAAAAGCUACGACCAAACCCCAGCAGCAGCUCAAGUCUGAGGAUCAGGAGGAGCCCGAGGCAGCAGAGCAGCCAAGGGAAAGACCUCCUGUGCCGGAUACCUGGUCCCCUCUACUAACCAACGUGUGCCUGUGCACGGCGCUGGCUCUCAGCGCUUACGUCUGUUAUCGAGCCUAUUUCCACUGAUGUCUGUCCCUCUGACUCGUUCUCCUUUCUCACUGUCUCUCCACUGAUGUCGCAAAGUGGACUAGGUUGAUCAAUCGGCCUGCUUUGACUUGUGCGAGUGGGAGAAUCAUUUGGACUUUUCAGCUUCACUUGUUUGUUUUACAAAAAGCAGUGCAAGGGGUCGUCUGGUCGGAGUUAGAUAUCUGCCGAUUACCCACUUUAACUGUUUUUCAAGAAGUCAUCUUGGACGCUCAGGGCCUUGUUUUUUUUCAGGUGUCACAUCCCAAAUACGUGUGCUGACCUAAAAACAGACUCAACAGAGAGUAUGAAUCAACAGAGAGUAUGAAUCAACAGAGAGUAUGUAUCAACAGAGAGGAUGUAUGGCAGUCUGUAGGGGGAGAGGUUUGUUUUACCCAUUGAACCAUGAGAAAGAGUCCGUCAGCUCUUUUAAAAUGCUUUUUAUCCCCUCUCUUAUUUACUAAAUGUGUUCUUCCAUUUCAGCCUUUACUAAGGCGUCCGUUGGGAUUUCACUUUCCUCUGCCAACACAACCAGAAAAUGAAGAAGCCAGAUUUUUCAACCAGCCAGUUUGAAAAUAUGCCAGUAAGGGAGACACUUUUGAAAAAUGGUUUGUUUCUCUCCAAAAAAUGAAUCAAUAUGAAAACCCUGAAGCAGGAUGAGUUAUGUGGGUAGUGAGCCUGAGCCCACAGGACGAGAGACACAUGGAGUUAAUUAUUCUGUCCUCACUUGUGGUCUAUGUAGGGCUGCAGGAGGCAUGCUAGUUGAGUACAUACAAUACAAUACAGUAUGUGUGUGAUUUGUGUGUUUGUGUAUGUGUGAGUGGUAUGCAGUGGAGCUCUCUGAUGAAGGUUAAGUUAAAUUUACUCUAUGGGAAUAUAAAUAUAACCUUUUACAGUUCAUCAAAUGUGAGAUGAAGACCAGGAUAACUGAUCCCUGUGUGUUUGAGCUCCCGCCUGAAACCGUGGAGCAGAAAAGUCUUUCUAAAAACAAAUAGGUGCAGAGACAGACAGGGUGGCGUGUCUCCUUCACAGAUCACCUCCCAUUCUCAAAAUCAACUCUGGAGUGAUCUGCAGACUUUUUAAAACACAACACCUGGCUUUGUUUCUCUUUUUUUGACACAAUGGAUAAACGUAUGUGAAGGUUUUUGAUGCCAAAAAGUGUAAAACAUGACCUGAAUGCAUUGUAAUGUAAUGUAUUGUAAAAUGUGUUCGGUCAUGAGAGUUACACACACACAGGAAAGCCAGCUUAAUGGAACACAAAGUAGCACCCUCUCUCUAGUAACACCCAACUCUUUUCGCCAGCAAUACAAACACUUGUUAAUGUGUCACCCUUUACUCUACCAAACUCAGUUUGAACAGGAAUUUCAGACAAACCAAAAAUCAAACACCAGCACAGGGAUGAAAAUAAAACCUGAAGUAAUGAUGCGUUGUUUCAUGGCGUGGCCCUGAGCUGGAGAUAUUGUUUUCUAUGAUUUUUUUUUAAAGCAUGCUGCAUUUGUGAUCAACAGGUUUGUCCUAAAAGAGAUUAGCUGAGCUGCUAGCAUUCAGUUUACCUUUGUGACUCGACGGUGAGUCUGACAGCUGUACCUUUCUUUAGAAUGUAUAAAUGUCCUCUGCAGGGACAAACUCUUAUUAGAUAUAAAUAUAUAUAUUUUUUUCAAAUCAGGUUUCAGUGUGCUGAGUUUUUCUUUUGUUUUCUUUAAUUCAGCUUUAACAAGGGAUUAAAUCUCAGCACCUGUGCAGCCAUUGCACCAGGUUCUCCUGUUUUUCUAUACUUAUGCUGAGCUCAAAAACAUGUAUUUUUUUAAUUUACUUUUGUUGUUUUCCUUUUUAAAUAAUAAAAAAAAUCAACUGUU